CUCGGCCGCUGCCCCGUAAGCGCUCCUGCUUCGCCGAAGGUAGCUGCACCGCGUGGCUCGGCGCGUCUCCGGAGAAGCCUCUCGUUCUCAAAGCGAGGAGCACAUGGCAUCGGACGGGCUGCCGGCGUCGCGCCGUAACGCCUAUUGGGACGCUUCGGCUAUCAGGGUGGUGGCUCGCGGUGCGCCGCACCUGUGUUUGUCCGUCUGUCUUCUGAUGUCCUGCCUGCCUCCCGGGUCGGUCCUUGCCGCGCCGUCGAACGACAAGCCGGCCGGCGUCAAACCACUAUCCCCUGUCGAGCGCUGCACCAACGACCAGUACCAGCGCUGUCUGGAGUCCCUCGAGAGUGUGGCCAAAGGAGAGGACAUCACUCUUGUCACCAGCAAGAGGGAGCUGCACCACGUCUGCAGGAAGCUGAAACGUGUGGUUGACUGCGUGGACGAGCACACUGCGCAGUGUUUCGACGCGACACUUCAGCGCCUCUUCAACCAGGUGGUGGCCGGCGCCAAGGAGACCAUCGCCGAAGUGUGCCUGCCCGGAGACACCCAGGAGGACGUGCUGCGGAGGCAGGUAGUCGUGCCCUUGGGCACCAGCAGUGCGGCACGAAGAUCCACGCUAGCCCUCGUGGACCAGCGGGGCAAGGCCCGGUUUGGGGAACCCUGGCUCAGGAACAGGACAGGCAGGCUCAGGAACCCGGCGCCAGCUCUCCUGGACUAG